CACAGUUUUAAUCAUUCAAUAAAACGUUACACACUUGGUAAAACCUUCCCCUUUGGAUUUAAUCAAUUAUUACGAUGUUUCGAGGGUUGAAAUCGAUGCGAUUCUGCGCAAUGAUGUCCAUCGUUUUCAUCCUGCUGGUGGGCAUGUCUUUUGCCAAACAGGUCUAUUACCAUGGAAACACCGAGUCCUUCCAACCAAUAGUCUCCGUGUCUCAAUCGAAACGCAUCUGCGCCGCCCUCUGUAUGUCUGGUUUAGGUGGAAAAUCCUGCGGCCCAGACUGCCAGGACCUCACCCCUAACACAAUUCCUGCUCAGUUUCCAAACAGUAGCGACGCCGUUCGCGUCGCUCAAUCUUCGAUGGCCCGAAGAAACGUGUGCCCGAUUCUUUGCAAAAACGGCCUUGGACAACCACUUUGCGAUUGUCAAGAUCCAAAAAAUCGAGCGAAAGAAGUUAACGAAGAGAUCGACUUCGUGCAGGUUUGUGGAAAUUUUUGUCUUGAUUUCAAGCAUCGUUUGCCGGGAUGUCAAAGUUGCAAAGUUUACGAAGAGGCAGCAAAAACGGAUAAAAAUGUUUUUUCUGUAAAUUCUUCAUCUUCAUCGUUGGAUCGAAGCUUGAAGACGGUGGAUUGGGAGGAAUGGUGCAGGCAAAUGUGUAGCGUUGGAGAUGGUGGCGCUGCAUGUAAUUGUGACAUCCUUCCCAUGAGUCUGCACGUUGAUUAAUUAAAAAGAACACUAGAAUAAGGUAUAAACAAAAAAUAAUUACCUACUGCUAUUAAUAAACAAAUUUUAUCGAUUAUUUUUUAUUGUUGUGACUAAAAUCUUAAAAAAAAGUCACUUUUCUCUCUUAAUCCUAGAAUCUCAACUAUUUAAGUACUUAAGAAAUUAAUUUUUUAAAUCAAUGUUCAAUGGUAAUCUUGCUUUAAACGUACUUAAAAAAAAACACUUCUACACUUUAACUAAAAACGGUAUUAAUCCUAUUUAAAAAUGUACCUGAUCGUACUACAUUAAUAAUAAAUCCUAUUAUGUAAAUAUUUCAAAAAAAAAACAAAAUCAACGUCUUCCAUACCAAAACUGUAAAUAAAACAAAAAAUUUUUUUAUAAAUCAAAUCUAAUAGUGAUUUGUAUACGUUUCAGUUUAAGAACUUGUUGUGGAAUAAGCAUAUCACCUCCGGCAAAAAAAAUUGUUCCCCAUCUCCGUGACGGUUUAAAAAUGACUGUUGCUUGUGUCAGAAGUGUUGUUGUCUAUUUCCUACUUGAGUCAAUACGUUUCCUUUCCACGAACGAAAACCUAGAUGUACAUAAAUUUAAAUAAAACGAAAAAUAAGUAAAUAAAUAGAAAACUGAAAUCGGAAAAAUGUUUUC